GGAGCGAAAACGGCCACCCACUCCGACGACUCCGGCUGCCGUGUCUGGAGGGGAACGUGGUGGCGGGAGCACAGGGGGCAGCUGGGGGCGCCGCGCACCGAGCAGCGGGGACCGCGCAGCCAUGCGGGCGGCGGCGGGGGGCGCGCGGGCCGCGGCGAUGGCGCUGCUGCUGGGGGCGCUGCGCUGGGCGCCGGCGCGCGGGCAGGAGUACGACUACUACGGCUGGCAGACGGAGCCGCUGCACGGGCGCUCGUACUCCAAGCCCCCGAAGUGCCUCGACAUCCCCGCGGACCUGCCGCUCUGCCACACCGUGGGCUACAAGCGCAUGCGGCUGCCCAACCUGCUGGAGCACGAGAGCCUGGCCGAGGUGAAGCAGCAGGCGAGCAGCUGGCUGCCGCUGCUGGCCAAGCGCUGCCACUCGGACACGCAGGUCUUCCUCUGCUCGCUCUUCGCGCCCGUCUGCCUGGACCAGCCCAUCUACCCGUGCCGCUCGCUGUGCGAGGCCGUGCGCGCUGGCUGCGCGCCGCUCAUGGAGGCCUACGGCUUCCCCUGGCCCGAGAUGCUGCAUUGCCACAAGUUCCCCCUGGACAACGACCUCUGCAUCGCUGUGCAGUUCGGGCACCUGCCCGCCACCGCGCCUCCAGUGACCAAGAUCUGCGCCCAGUGUGAGAUGGAGCACAACGCGGACGGCCUCAUGGAGCAGAUGUGCUCCAGUGACUUCGUGGUCAAAAUGCGCAUCAAGGAGAUCAAGAUAGAGAAUGGGGACCGGAAGCUGAUCGGAGCCCAGAAAAAGAAGAAGCUGCUCAAGCCGGGCCCCCUGAAGCGCAAGGACACCAAGCGGCUGGUCCUGCACAUGAAGAAUGGUGCGGGCUGCCCCUGCCCACAACUGGACAGCCUGGCCGGCAGCUUCCUGGUCAUGGGCCGCAAGGUGGACGGACAGCUGCUGCUCAUGGCCGUCUACCGCUGGGACAAGAAGAAUAAGGAGAUGAAGUUCGCUGUCAAAUUCAUGUUCUCCUACCCCUGCUCCCUCUACUACCCCUUCUUCUACGGGGCUGCUGAGCCCCACUGAAGGGGCCCUCGCAGCUGUGCCUUGCCCCGUCCCUGCCCUGGGGCACAUUGUCACCUCCUGCCCUGAGUGCCAGCACAGGCCCUGAGGGAUGGGCAUGGAGCUCAAGCUGUCCUUGACUGAGGGCUUUUGGGGUAUCUGGGAGCUUCCUCUCUUAAAAGUCUUUUUCUUUUGAGGGGAAACCCCCGGGGUCUCAAAAAGUAGGCAGGGAGGAGAGACGGAGGGAAGGGUAGAGGGGCUAUGCGCAGCCGAGGCGGUUUCUGUAGGGGACCAUGGUGCAGCUCCCCUCUGCUGGGGGAGGGGUAGGGGGGCCUCGCUUUGGAGAGGGGAGUCUGGAUAUGAGGCUGAACUACUUGGAGGAAGUUCUCCACCCUCACUGCCCCUCCAUGUGUCCUCUCGUAGCCCCCAAAGGCACUAGGGUCACAGUGCCCUCCAGCCACACCUCCCUACUGUCCUCAUCUCUGCCAGGUCCCUUCCCCCUAGACUGGAGAGAAGCCCUGCCUAGAUCCCCUCCCAUAAGCUCGCUUCUUGGGGUUCAUUCCUCAGCCCCUGCAUGUCCCCUUUAUCUUGACGAGUAACUUAUUGCUACUGCUGUGAGGCCACAGGUAGACUGAUGCAGGUAGGGUUUGGUGUUUAAUGGUUUGUUUUUUUAAGUUUUUAAUUAAAUCAAAGAAAACAACAGUUGGUUUUGACCAGGUGGUUUCUCUGUCAGGCGGUUCCCCAGAGCUAGGGAGAGGGAGGUUCAGAAAGGACUUUUAGAAAGAGGCCCUUGUCAUAGCCCACGGCCUGUCCACACAGACAUACUCAGAAUGCCUAAGAGCAAUGUCCAUGCUUGUGCAGGAUCCCCCAAGAGCACACACAAGGGUCACCCCAAUCAUCCCCACCAAUGGGGGACGGAGCUGGCCAUCUUUUGUCUCUGAGGUCAGCUAAGUUCCCCAGCCUCCUCCCACGGUCAGAAGGCUCCCACAGUCCUGAACAGUCUCCCUCCCUCGGGCAAUGCCUCCUUCGAGGAGCCAAGAGGCUGGGCCACGGAGCUACUUGGAGGAGCCAGAGGCCUGCACGUGCUGCUCCUACACUCUCUGCACACAGACACCACUGCACACUGGCCCUGACGUGGAGAUGAGGGUGCAGAAUGGUGGUCUCUCAGUGUGGUCCCUGGACCAGAACAUCAGCAUGAAGUAGACGCUCAGGCCCCACUUCCCACGAAACACUGGACCUCGCUCUAAAGCAAUUAUUUCCAAAUCUCUGGAGGCUGUUCAGAAAUCAGCAUUCCUCCAUGCUCGCUGGGGUGAUGUGCAGCCCAGGUGAGACACUCCAUCUAGGUAUCCAGAUAAGCCCACAGCUGAGGCAGGAGGAGGGCACUGGGCCUGCAUGCAUGGAGGGGACCAGCUAGGAUGCCCGAGGGGCUUCUUCAGUGAGCCCGGUGCAGAUGGAGGCUGCUCCCUGAGGGGCAGGGAGGGGACAAGCCUUGAAGUGGAGGCAACAGGCUAUUGCCAGUCAAAUGUCCAGCAUUUGGAAGAGGUGGUGUCCACCUCUGCUAGGAGCAUCCACCAGCAGAGACUGAGGGGCAGGGCAGAUGUGCCCAGAGCAGGGAGCGGGGGACACCCCCAGAGGGGCUCCCCUCACCAGUGAAGGUACAGCUGGAAUGCCGAACCCAGUCACGGCCCGCUGCUCCUCCAAGACAAUGAGGCAUGUUCUCCCAAGAUGAGACCAACCUUGGCUCCCUCGGCUCUCAGAGACCUGAGGAGGCCGGAGGGCCCACCUUCUGCUGUGGACAGUGCGAGCUAACAGGUGGUCUGACAGCC